AUGGAGUUUGCAUGUGGUCAUUGUGGUUCCCUGGAUUUCCUCAAGGUACUCCGAGUUCCUUGGGGAUCUCCAGCUUCCUCCGGGUACUCCGGUUUCCUCAGGGAAUGCUGCUUUCCUCGGAGUACUCCGGUUUCCCCCAUUCCACUCCACUCUACUCCACUCCACCAUACCCCACUCCACCCUACCCUACUCCACUCCACCCUACUCCACUCCACCAUACUCCACUCCACCCUACACUACUCCACCCUACCCCACUCCACCCUACCCCACUCCACUCUACCCUACUCCACCCUACCCUACUCCACUCCACCCUACCCCACUCCACCCUACCCCACUCCACCCUACCCCACUCCACUCUACCCUACUCCACCCUACCCCACUCCACUCUCCUCCACUCCACCCUACCCCACUCUACUCUACUCCACUCCACUCUACUCCACUUCGCUCUACUCCACUCCACCCUACCCCACUCUACUCCACUCCACCCUACCCCACUCUACUCUACUCCACUCCACCCUACUCCACUCUACUCCACUCCACACUACUCCACUCUACUCCACUCCACCCUACUCUACUCAACUCCACUCUACUCUACUCUACUCUACUCCACCCUACCCUACUCCACUCUACUCCACUCUACUCUCCUCCACUCCACCCUACCCUACUCUACUCUACUCCACUCCACUCUACUCCACUUCACUCUACUCCACUCCACCCUACCCCACUCUACUCUACUCCACUCCACUCUACUCUACUCCACUCUACUCCACUUAA